AUGUCUCAUCUAUCACAAGGUUUGAAUUCGAAUGAUCGGACUUUGGUAGAAAAUGAGCCCGUCAAGUUUUAUAAGACGCCAUUAAAGAAGUUAUCCAAUAGAUCUAAUCAGAUAGGAAAUUAUAUAUUGGAGGAAACAAAGUAUGAAAAUGUUGAAGAGCCUAAAGAGGCGCCACCAGUGCUAGACAUGAAAGAAAUGUCUUUUAGACUUCAUCAGACGAAGAUAGCUCUCGAAAAACAAAAGUCACAAACACUAGAGGCUAAUGGACCACGUCAAUCAGAACCUAUCUACUAUAGACCUUCAUCCUCCACCGUUAAAGACCUUCAGCAAGGGAUAAAAAGGUUUUUACCACCAAAUUUCAAGGCGUAUUCGAAUAGGCAAAAAAAUAGGAUUCCUUUGAAAAACAUCCAACAAAUGCUCGAUCGUAACAAGAUAGAAUUUAAUGAAGGAAAUGAAGAAGCUGACGAAGCUGACGAGGCUGAUUUAAAUUCUAUUUCCAAUUAUCCAGAUAGCGAUUGGAUUAACCCUAUUUUCAAAGAAGCCCUUCGUAGGCAAACUAGCAAGACUAAAGAAUUCUAUCGGUUAGCAAGUGUAAUAUUAAUUUAUUUGAUAUACAAGCUUAUUCGUCCGAUUCCCAAAGUAUUAGCUUAUAUUUUUCAUACUGAAGGGCGCCAUAUAGAGGACACAAAUUGGAUCAUGAUACCCUUUUGGAUCUUUUUUUUCAAGACAAUCUACAGAUUAUUAAAGGGAAGUGAUCAGUGCUAUGACUUACCAUUGACUAAUAGACAGAGGACAUUGCUCGGACUCAAGCUCAUGGAAACUAGUGAUGACGAUUUAGAAGCAGAAAUUGAAUUGAGACAAAGAAAUUUUAAAGGAAAGAUGCAAAAAGUACCUAAAUACCCCACUGGUGUAUCUAAGAUUGGUGUUCCACAUGAUGCAUUGAUUCGAACUUCAGUUGAUGUUUCAAACACCAAACCGAAUGACAACCAAAAGAUAAGUCCUCGAGCUGGAUACCCGAGUGCUUCACUCCUAGAAUUGGAUAAUAUUGAUUUACAAGAUAAGUUUCGACGUGUAUUUAACAUGGAGUUCAACUAUGACGAGGCGACUUCAUAA